AUGUAUUCCGCCGCCUUCACCACCACCGCCGCCUUUGCCGCCGCCGCCGUCUCUAGGCUCCUGUCGCGCUGCCGCUCCCUCGCCGCCGUCAAGCAGCUCCAUGCCCACUUCCUCGCACGUUCAAACCGCCCAUUUCCCUACAACCAUUUCCUCUCCAAGCUCCUCUCCCUCUCCUCCUCCUCCUCCUCCUCCUCCGCCGCCGCCGCCGACUAUGUCCUCCUCCUCCUCUCCUCCCACCCGGCCCCCACCGCCUUCUCCUACAAUGUCGCGCUCCGCUUCUUUGCCUCGUCGCGCCCGUACACCUCUCUUCGCCUCUUCCUCAGCAUGCUCCGCGCCGAGCUCCGACCCAACGCCUACACCCUCCCUUUCCUCCUCCUCGCCGCUGCUCGCUGCCCGGCCCCAGCCCUCGCCCGCUCCGCCCACGCUUUCCUCGAGAAGCUCGGUCUCAGGGACCACGAUCACACCGUCCACUCCCUCAUCACUAUGUACUCCUGCCUCGGUGAUCACCUCACCGCUCGCAGGUUGUUCGACGGAAUUCCCCACCGGGAUGUCGUCUCUUGGAACUCUAUAAUGAAAGCAUACGAGCGGGCAGGGAUGGUGGCCGAGGUUGAAGGGAUGUUCCGGUCGAUGAUCACUGAGGGCGCAGUGGCGCCAAAUGGGGUGACACUGGCCGUUGUGCUCACAGCUUGCAGAGAUGCUGGCAAUUUGGUGCUUGGGAAGUGGGUGGAGGAGUGGGUGACGUCUGCCGGGAUGGAGGUGGACUCGCUCAUUGGGUCGGCGCUUGUGGGGAUGUAUGAGAAGUGUGGAGAGAUGGAAGAGGCACGGCCAAUAGCCUUGUUUCACAGCAUGAGGGAAGCUGGGCUGCGUCCAGACAAGAUAACCUUGGUUGGUGUCCUCUCAUCCUGCGCUGCAGUUGGUGCACUGGAGCUUGGAGUUGAACUGGAUGGGUAUGCCUUGCACAGAGGCCUCUACAGCAAUGUCUAUGUGGGAACAGCCUUAGUAGACAUGUAUGCUAAGUGUGGAGAUCUUGAGAAAGCCGCAUAUGUUUUUGGAAAGAUGCCAUUCAAAAAUGAAGCCUCAUGGAAUGCAUUAAUCUGUGGGCUUGCCUUCAAUGGUCGAGGCUAUGAUGCCAUUCAGCAGUUUGAACUAAUGAGAAAUGAAAAAGGACUCCAGCCAGAUGAUAUCACAUUCAUAGGUGUGCUUUCUGCUUGUGUACAUGCUGGGCUACUUGAGUAUGGCCGCCAGCUGUUCAAUUCCCUGACACCUGUGUUUAAGAUCAUUCCUAAAAUUGAGCACUACUCCUGCAUUGUUGAUUUGUUGGCACGUGCUGGUCAUUUAGAAGAAGCAUGGGAUUUUAUUGAGAAAAUGCCUGGCAAGGUAGAUGCUGUCAUGUUAGGCGCUUUGCUUGCUGCUUGUCGGAAAUGCAAGAAUGCUGAGGUUGGUGAGAAGGUCAUCAAAAGGAUUAUGAAGUUGGAGCCAACAAACUCAUGGAACUACGUGGUGUCAUCCAAGAUUUAUGCAACCUCAGAUAAAAUGGAUGAAUCUGCAAGAAUGAUAGGGCUAAUGAGGGAAAGGGGUGUUAGCAAGACUCCAGGGUGCAGCUGGGUUGAAGUUCAUGGUAAAGUCCUUGAAUUCUAUGCAAGCACUGAACCACAGCAUGGUGCAGAAGAUAUGUAUCAACUCAUGUGCAUAUUGGUAAAUGAGAUGAGACUAGAGGGAUAUGUUCCGAACCUCGAUCUGGUGUAG